AUGGGAUAACAAUGUGAAAAAUGUUAAUUAAGUAAUGGAAUACAAAGUAAUGAAGUCAAUAGAAAUGAUUAAUUAAGUUCAGAUUCUGAUCCAGAAUAUGAUGAAGUUGAUGAAAAAAAACCAUAAAAGCCUCCUUCACUAGAUAACAAAUCUAAUUCAUCAACUUUUUACAAAGAACAAUAUAAUACAUUGUUUUCAAAUUAAGGAAAGGAUGAAGUUGACAACGUCUAAACUUAAUUGAAUCUUCAAGAUGGUUCAACCUAUAUAGGAGAUAUUGUAAAUGGUAAAGCAAAUGGUCAAGGUCAAUUGACUGCUCUAAAUGGGGAUGUUUAUGUCGGAAACUUUAUAGACAAUCUUUUGGAAGGCUAAGGAAAGUGCAUCUACAAACGAGGUCCAACAUAUACAGGAGAUUUCAAAGCAGGGAAACCUGAUGGUAAAGGCAAAGAACUGUGGUUAGAUGGAUCGGUAUAUGAAGGAGAAUUCAAAAAUGGAAAGAAGAAUGGGCGUGGUUGUUACAAAUGGAUUUAAUAAAGUGUUUAUGAAGGAUAGUGGAUAGAUAAUAUGAUUUAAGGAGUUGGAAAGUACGAAUGGUUAGAUGGUAGGUCUUAUUUAGGUUAAUGGACUAAAAAUUAAAUGCAUGGCAGAGGUCUAUAUAAAUGGAAGGAUGGAAAGUAUUAUGAUGGGGAGUACAAAAAUGAUAAAAAAUGCGGAUUUGGAAUAUUUUAUUGGCCAGAUGGUCGACAAUAUUAGGGAUAUUGGGUCGAUGGUAGAUAGCAUGGGAAAGGACUUAUGAUAAAUAAGGAUGGGAAAAAGAAAUUUGGAGAUUGGUAAGAUGGAUAAUUGAUUAACAGUUCAGAAGAUUUAGAUUAUCAACUCAUUCCAGAUGGAUGGUUUCUAAACUCAUAUAAUUAUUAAUGA